CAACCCUUGUCUCCUCCCUCCUGCCUGAUUGGCUGCUGCUGGGUUGCUACGAUGACAGGGGCAGGCCAGGACUAGAGGCAGCCACUAGGGAGAGAGAGGGGCGGGGCUUUUGUUUUGGCUCAGAACUGGAGGAGUUGAAGGCGAAAUCUUCUCUUUGAGGAAACUCUGAUCAGAUGCAGCCCAGAGUGGGAGAAAAUGAAAGAGAAAUAAUUCAUGUUGUGGAUGUUAUUUUUUCCCCUUUUUUGGCCAGCCCAUGCCUUCUUCCAGGUGGGUGGAAAGCUGCCCUGCUGGGUUCAUGAAGGUGCCUCAGGAAGGGAAGCUCAUCUGCUGCUACAAUUGUUGUCCAUGUGCAGAAGGAUCCAUCUCCACCACGGAAGAUGCAGACAAAUGUACCAAAUGUCCAGAAGAUCAACAUCCAAACAUCAAUCGACUUCACUGUAUCCCUAAGAUUAAAAAUUAUCUUUCUUAUAAUGAAAAUCUGGGGAUUAUCCUGAUUUUCAUUGCCUUGUUCUUCUCUUUAACCACAGGCUUUGUCUUGUGGAUCUUCAUUAAAUUCAUGGAAACACCAAUUGUCAAAGCCAACAACUGGGACCUCUCCUACAUUCUCCUGGUCUCCCUCCUGCUUUCCCUCUUGACCUCCUUUCUGUUCAUUGGCCGGCCAAGGAGAGUGACCUGCCUCCUCCGACAAACGGCCUUCAGCAUUGUCUUCUCAGUUGCCAUUUCUUCAAUCUUGGCCAAAACAAUCACAGUGGUCUUAGCCUUCGUGGCCACAAAACCAGGGAAUAAAGUGCAGAGAUGGUUGGGGAAGAGCUUGGCCAACUCCAUUGUCCUUUCUUGUUCUGGUCUCCAAGUUGUCAUCUGCAGCAUCUGGCUGGGCACUUUCCCCCCAUUCCCUGACUCUGACAUGCACUCCCAGCCUACAAAGAUUAUUCUACAAUGCAAUGAAGGCUCUGUCACCAUGUUUUAUGUUGCCCUCGGAUACAUGGGCUUCCUGUCUGCUGUCUGCUUCACGGUGGCUUUUCUGGCCAGGAAUCUCCCUGGGGCCUUCAAUGAAGCCAAACUGAUCUCCUUCAGUAUGCUGGUCUUCUGCAGUGUCUGGGGGUCCUUUGUGCCAGCCUACCUGAGCACCAAGGGGAAGUACACUGUGGCUGUGCAGGUCUUCUCCAUCUUGGCCUCCAGUGCUGGCCUGCUGGGCUGCAUUUUCAUCCCCAAGUGCUAUAUUAUUAUUUUUAGGCCAGAUCUGAACAUCAAAGAACAUUUGAUGUCAAAAUAAUAUAGAAAAAAAUGAAUUUUACAAAUUUAUUUU